UAUUUUAUGAACUAAGACGAGCCGAGUGGGAGGAGAUAAGAGAAGUGAACAGCGGAACACUGAGAGACGAGUUAAUCUAAAGGUGAAGGGAAAGAUAAACACAGAGAUCUAAAGCCCUGGAGAAGAAGGAUGUUGCUAAACACCACAGAUCUCUAUGGAAACGACUCAUUUUCCUGCGCCUCCCCCUCGGUGGAAGGUUACCGCUACUUCGGGGUGUUCUGGGGUUGCGUCGUGACCGUGGUGGGAACUCUGGGGAACGUCCUGACUGUUCUAGCCUUCGCCACUGAUGCCCGCCUGCGCACUCGCUUCAACGUCCUCAUCGUGAACCUGGCGCUGGCCGACAUCCUGUACUGCACCAUCCUGCAGCCAGUGAGCGUCGACUCCUACCUGCACCUGCGCUGGAGGGGCGGAGCUACCUGGUGUCAAAUGUUCGGGCUCCUCCUUUUCCUGUCCAACAGCGUGUCGAUUAUUACAUUGUGUCUCAUUGCUCUGAGUCGAUACCUGGUGGUUGCUCAUCGGAAUUCACGUGUCGCUCGGCUUCUGCUGUCUCACCAGGGCGUCGCUGUGCUCCUUGUAAGUUCCUGGGCACUUGGUCUUGGCAGCUUUGCCCCUUUGUGGCCUGUCUACGUCUUCGCUCCUCAGGUCUGCACCUGCAGCUUCCACCGCAUCAAAGGUCGCCCUUACACCACCAUCUUGCUUUUUAUGUACUUCUUCCUCGGGUUGGGAUUCGUUGGACUUUUCUACUUUCUGAUCUAUCGUAAGGUGCGUGUUGCCGCAAAGGCGCUGAUCAAGUACAGACCAAGUCGACGUUCCUCGAGACGCAAACAGCCCGAGCCUGAAGGCACGGAUGGGGACGAUAGCGGGAUUGGGAUUGGGACUGCAGCAACUCAGAGCAGUGAAGUCAGUGAGCAAGCCAGCGAGAUACACCACAGCAAGACCAACGUGAACGAGCCUCAAACCAUCUCCAGUGUCACCAACGCUGUUAAUGUGGCAUCAAAUGGAACAAAAGAUUCACCCAAAGCGGCAGCUCCAGCUCCAGCUGCAGCACCAGCAUCCUCAGGAGAAGACAACGAGUUUAAACGUGUAACGAGGAUGUGCUUCACUGUCUUCCUGUGCUUCGUAGGAUGCUUCGUGCCUUUUCUGCUCCUGAACAUCGCGGAUAAAAACAGCCAAGCUCCACAGGUGGUCCACAUGUUCUGUGCAAACCUCACCUGGCUUAACAGCUGCAUCAACCCGUUGCUGUACGCGGCCAUGAACCGUCAGUUUAAUCAGGCCUAUCGGGACCUGCUGGCCAAAGCAGCGUGGCCAAUAAUGCGAUUAUGGAAAAAGCGCUGAAGGACAAGUAGCUGCAUCAUCCGAGAUAAUCCUCGCUGCAGAACCAAAAUCCAGAGGGUGGAGCUGGAUCUGAUCCAGCUCCGCUUAUAACCCCUAACCCAGGAGACACUCUAGAUCAUGGAACAACAAACAUACUUAUCAGCUCUGAAACACAGGCAGUUCUCUCCACCCCCUGGUUUGACUCUGUCAAGGUACAAAGAUCUGGUUUAGGUCCGACUCCACCCACUGGACUUUUGGUUCAACUCUACCGAGGUACAAGGAGCUGGAUCAGGUCCGACUCCACCCACUGGACUUUUGCUUCUGCACCGAGCGGUACUUGCAUCAACCUGCAGAGACUCUUACUAACCAUAACUAAUAGUUGACAAUGCUAAUGACGCACAAAGCAAAACUGCUAACUCGAACUUGACACUCUGUGAUGCUUACGCCAAGACUGCUAAUGACUGAAAAUAAACAACACCGUAUUUACUAACAGAGAAAAUAAGAGAAAGAUGUGAUGAAGUGUAAACUAAAGCCUCUAUAUCUGUGUCUUAUUAAAGUAUUUUUGUAUCUGUACUGUGUGUAUUUGAAGCCUGUAUAUUUUUAAUAAAUGAUGAAAAGCCA